ACGACACCCGCCCUUUCUUUCUUCCUUUCAUUUCUCUUCCAGUCGCUCCUUAUCACACCCGUUUACCUGUAUUGACCCAGGCAAGGGAACCUUCAUUACACCGUUCAAGAGAAAUCAAGGGAAAUGUCAGCGCAUCCAAUGAAGACGCUCAGAGAUGAUGAGAAACAGGCUGCAGAGUCGAUGUUGGGCGGCAACAAGACCACUCUCUUCGACGCCGACAAUGAGGCUGCCAACAGAGACACCCCGCUGCCGACCCCAGUCUCCAGCCAGGCACCGAGACCACAAAAGCCUAAGCUUUCUGCGGCCAUGAUCAUCCCAGUAUGGAUCGCGUUAAGCUCAUCGGUCAUCAUCUACAACAAUUACCUCUACAACACCCUCAAUUUCAAAUAUCCCGUCUUCCUCGUCACCUUCCACCUCGCCUUUGCAGCAGUCGGCACCCGCGUACUCCAGCGGACAACACAUCUCGUUGAUGGCGCGAAGGACAUUCAUAUGAGCAAGGAUAUGUUCAUGAAGUCAAUCCUUCCCAUUGGCCUUCUCUUCUCUGGCAGCCUUAUCCUCAGUAACACUGCCUAUCUGUACCUGAGCGUGGCUUACAUUCAAAUGCUCAAGGCCUUUACCCCAGUGGCAAUCCUUCUCAUUUCAUGGGCGUUCCGACUCCAGGAACCAAACAAGAAACUUGCUAUCAUCGUGGUCCUGAUUUCCACUGGUGUUGCACUUGCGUCCCACGGAGAGCUCAAAUUUAACCUCUUUGGCUUCCUUACCCAAGCUGCAGCUGUCGGUUUCGAGUCUUCCAGGCUAGUGAUGAUCCAAAUCCUUCUCCACAAUCUCAAGAUGGAUCCGCUUGUCUCUUUGCAUUACUACGCCCCCGUCUGCGCCGUCAUCACUGGUUUCUUCAUCCCCUUCACUGAGGGUCUCGCACCAUUCUACGAAUUGAAGGAGCUCGGAGCCGCUAUCUUGAUCAGCAACGCCUCUGUCGCGUUCUUGCUCAACAUCGCCGCUGUCUUCUUGGUCGGUGCUGCUAGCGGUCUUGUUCUCACCCUCGCUGGUGUCUUCAAGGAUAUUCUUCUCAUUACUGGCUCCGUAAUCAUUUUUGGAUCAACGGUCACACCACUGCAAGUAUUUGGUUAUUCCAUCGCUCUCGGAGGAUUGGUUCUCUUCAAGACAUCCGGUGGGAAGUAAACCCCGCACCUCACACACAUUCACGAGUCAUUCCACCUUCACAAGACUCGGCUCCUACUCGAGCGGGUGCACCAUCUCAUGGACUAAAAAGCCUUCAUUACAUGGACCUUUCUUUUUACUUCCGACCUGAUAAACCGAAAGAGCCUGGAAUCGUAUCUGUACAAUCCGUCGUUGACCCCACCGUGGUAUAAUCCUUUUUCGAGCGCGUAUAUGUGCCUAGUAAUGUCAUGUCGUUUUUUCAUCUUUUUUUCGAUGUGUAGAUUAACUUAGAGAUUCUUUUUGUUUGUUUCGGUAUUUGGGUUUCGUAUUAAUGACAUUCAUUCACGA